ACAUACUCUCUCAAAAAAAAAAAAAACUCACACCACAUACAAACGAACUUAUCAACUCUCUCUCUCUCAUUAGUUCUUUUGAGCAGGCUGCUAUCCAGAAGAAAAAGAUAUACUUUCCGUUCUGUUCGCAAGUCUACCAAAAGCAGGGCUCCAAGGAAGCAAUUGUUUGCGGCUGCCAGCGAUUAGUUGAAGACCGAACUCUUGAUUUUGGGGAUCAAAGCAUCGUCGUCGAACUGGUGAGAUGCAGAAGACGAGGAGGAGAGAGAGAGGGAGUAGAGUUCUGAUUGGGUGGAGAGGCGGAGGUCGACGACGGGGGCGGAGUCGAGGCCGGGUGGAGGUGGAGGUGGAGGUGGUGGUGGUCGACGGUGGCCAUGGCAUUGAAGAGAAUAGCAAUGAAGUAUGGUCAUAGCUGAAAGUGAGGUGGAGGAGGGUGGUCGGGGAUUGGGUCGGGUUUGGCCCUGGGUUUACAGUAUAUUAAACAACGAUGUCGAUCGAGGUCAGAGUCUAAGGUCCCAACCGCAUCGCAUGGGUUUGAUUUAUAGUGAAAGAUCGAAUUUUGUUUUGGACUUCUGAUAUUUGGUAGAUUUGGGCCAUGAACCGGAAUGAAAGUUCUUGCUCUCGAUCUUGAUCUAAUUGAAUUGGGGACCCUGGGUUUUUGUUAGUUAUGAAUUUGGGGAGUGAAUCUGUGGAUGAUAACUAACCAGUGUCCCAUUGUGUUGGUGUUGAUGCUGAUGAUGGCAUAGUGUUGAAAGAAAGAGAAUGGAAUAACAGGUCACCCGGUCAACUUUUUCAACCGUUAGAUUUCUGACUUUAUAUCCAACGGUCCAUAAUAAGCUGACGUGCCCAAGCAUAGCAAGCUCGGAGCAUUGUAGAAUUUCCGAUAAAACAAGCUAGUUACUUCAUUCGGUACCAUGUGGUCAAGUCAACAGAACAAAACAGAUAUUUCUAUCUCACCAGUUUAAAUGUGUGGGCCCCCACCUGCUAACUACCACUAGACAAAAAGGUGGAGGCGCGUGUUGCAACACCCCAACCAAGCGCGCGUGGUGUUAGUUUUCCCACUAUUCCAAAUUCCCCAAACCAAACGCUACUUAAGGACGGAGUGUGUGAAACAUGAAGAUAAGUAUCUUCUCUAUCACUCCUUAAUUACACACUUGCUCCUCAUCCGACCGCCAAAGUCUUCAGCUUUUUGUCAUGUUCUUCCUAGCUUAGCGGUCCGGUCCCGGCGAGCAAUGAGAAAUGGGCUUUUUCCGGCGACUCUUCGGCCCGAAAAAGCCCAAAAAGAAGACUAACAAAGCCGAAGCCUCCACUUCAGCUUCUCAAGAAUGGGGCUUGGACGCCAACAAGCACGCAAUAGCGGUGGCGGCAGCUACUGCCGCCGUGGCCGAGGCAGCUCUCGCGGCGGCUCAUGCUGCGGCGGAGGUCGUCAGGCUCACUAACGGCGUUGAGACUUCGGGGAACGUUAGCUUGCCAGUUAGAGUCAGCCGUCACCGCCACUUGGCCGCCGUUAAGAUACAGUCAGCUUUCCGGAGAUACCUGGCAAGGAGGGCCUUAAGGGCACUUAAAGCACUGGUGAAGCUUCAAGCAUUGGUGAGAGGCCACAUAGUGAGGAAACAAACGGCGGACAUGCUCAGGCGCAUGCAGACACUGGUUCGACUCCAGGCCCGUGCACGGGCAACUCGCUCACUCAUGUCAGAAUCAGUACAUUCUAGCAGCAAAUCCUCCCUGUCUUACAAUCCUCUCCCGGAAAGUCCUGACAAACUUGGAUCCCAGCACCGUGUUUAUAGUAGCAAAUUUGAUGGGCCCUCAUUGCUGAAGAGGUGUGGUUCAAAUUCAAACGCAAAGGAUGCCACCAGUCUGGACAGAAGACGUCUGGCCUCAGGAUGGUUAGAUCGGUGGAUGGAAGAAAGUGUGUGGAACAACCGCCGUGAUGCUUCAUCACUGAGAUAUGUGCAAGCAGAUAAUGAGAAGGUUGACAAAAUCCUUGAAGUAGAUACUUGGAAACCUCACUUGGGCUCCCAACGAAAUACCAGAACCUUUCAAACCGCACAGCAUGUUAUGGCUUCGGAUAAUUACAGUCCAAUGUUUAUGACAUUCGAUUCCCCGUCCAAACGCACAACAAAAGAACCAAACUUGAUUCCUAGUCAAUCUUCCAUGGAUUACUUCUCAUCGAGCUCAAUGAAAUAUCCUAUAGGAAAAGAUGAAGUACCGGCUUUAAGAACCGCACAGAACAGCCCACAAGCAUUUUCUGCCUUAUCGAAACCUGGAAGUAGUAGUGCUAGAAGAGGCCACUUCACGCCGACAAGGAGCGAGUACUCGUGGGGUUUCUUUAGCAGCUAUGCCGGUUACCCUAGCUACAUGGCUAACACGGAAUCAUCCCGGGCUAAGGUUCGGUCACAGAGUGCCCCAAGACAAAGGCUCGAAUUUGAUAAAUAUAGUUUGACAAAAAAAUCCGUCCAGGAGUUUUGCGAAGCAGGCACAUGUUCAGAAACAGGUUUAGCUCUAGAUACGGAUUUCAGGAAUAAAGCGUUUCUGAGCUCUAGCCACUCGAAUAGACUACGGUGAUGGCUGAUAUUUGCAUGUUUUUCUAUUUGUGUGUAUGGCGGCAAAUGUUUGAGUCUUAGCUAGCUGAUCUUGAUGUACAACUAAAGCUUUCGCGCCAUGGAUGUCAGAGUGGACAUAGUUUCCAAAACUGUGACUAAACCUUCAUGGAUUAAACCUCGGUUUAAUGUAAUAUUGAUUGUGCUUGUAUACAAUGUAUAUAGAUUUCCUUUCCUUUA